UCGCCGAUUCCAUUCGAUCUUUUGACUAACAUCCUUUGUUUAACCAAAAGGGAUAAUGGAUUUCUUCCUGAUGUGUCACGAUAUGCUAGUGGCGUAAUUGAGGAUGCCAAGUUUCGCAUUGGUGGUGGUUCGGCUGUUUUGGCUUUUGCUGGUUUAAAACCCAUGAGAGAGAAUUUAUGUAAAUCCGCAUAA